GGCUCUCUUGGCUUUUCCUGUGGAGAGUGAGGUUUGGCUGCCACCAAAGUUCCUUCCAGUCCCUGCUGUCCCUCCUGCCCUCAGUCAAGACCUGCCCAGAGACCCAGGCAUUCAGCCUCCCUACGCAGAGGCCCUAGGGAGCCCCAGCCAAUUUCUCUCUGCUCCUCAACUAUCUGCCUAUCUCCAGUUGCUUAUGGGGCACUGUCCUGCCCAGCUCUGCUGAGAUGCUCCUGGCCUCUCCCUCUACCCCGUCCAGGGGACGGACCCCCAGCGCCGUGGAGAGGCUGGAGGCCGACAAAGCCAAGUAUGUCAAGACGCACCAGGUGAUAGCGCGACGCCAAGAGCCAGCUCUGCGUGGAGGUCCCGGGCCGCUCACCCCGCACCCCUGCAACGAGCUGGGAACCCCUGCAUCGCCCAGGACGCCCAGGCCCGCCCGCCGGGGCAGCGGCAGGCGGCUGCCAAGGCCUGACUCUCUCAUCUUCUACCGCCAGAAGCGGGACUGCAAGGUUUCGGUGAACAAAGAGAACGCCAAGGGCCAGGGGCUGGUGCGGCGCCUUUUCCUGGGCUCCCCUCGAGACGCCACCUCGAGCAGCCCGGGCUCAACGGAGCGACCCGCAGCUUCUGGAGGUUGGGCCGCGCCCCAAGAUGCCCCGGAGGCGGCGGGAAAGCGGGCAUUGUGCCCCACAUGCUCGCUGCCCCUGUCGGAGAAGGAGCGCUUCUUCAACUACUGCGGCCUGGAGCGCGCGCUGGUGGAGGUGUUGGGCGCCGAGCGCUUCUCUCCGCAGACCUGGGGCGCCGACGCCAGCCCCCACCCCGGAACGUCACCGCCGCCUGGCUCCGGGGACGCCAGCGACUGGACAUCCAGCGAUGGCGGCGCAGAUCGCCCGGACGGUGCAGAGGGCGGCGGCUCGGAGGCUGCGGGCUCAGCCCGGGACGGGCGCCCCCAGGUGUCGGUAGUGGAGCGCAACGCGCGCGUCAUCCAAUGGCUGUAUGGCUGCCAGCGUGCCCGCGGCUCGCCGCGCGAGUCCGAGGUGUGACAGCUGCUGUUCGGGAGCGUGCUCUCGUGGAGUCUGGGAUCCCGGGAAGCGCAAGGGGCGAGCGCGGGGCUGGACCCGGGCACCGGCAGGGACGCCGUGCCUCUGAAGCGCCGGGUGAUUUGGGGCAAGCCCUUCCCUCUGGAUCUCGGUUUCCCCUCUUGAACCUUGGGAGGAUGGGACAAAAUGAUCCCGAAGGCCCUUCCCAGCACAGACGGCGGAGGGGAAGGGGGCGGGGGCGGCCUCUCGGCCCCUGUGGAGGCCGGGUCGGGCGAGUGAAGACAGGUAGGAGAACAGAGAACCUGCUGAAUAAAGUCAAAACGUUAUUUAAA